AAAGGAAGAUAUUACUAACUCUCUGACGUGGAUUUCAUUUCAAAACUAAACCUACCAGUUUCAGAGGAAGACAAUGACUAGUUCUGAUCAAUCUCUGUCGCACAAUGUCUUUGUCUACGGCAGUUUCCAAGAACCACCCGUCGUCAGUUUGAUCCUCGAAUGCAAUCCGGUCGCCGUCUCCGCUCAGCUCCACGGCUUUCAUGUGUAUAGGCUGAAAGGACGUUUGCAUGCAUGUAUUUCUCCUUCUGAGAAUGGACUUACCAACGGAAAGAUACUAACUGGAUUGACAGAUGGUCAGCUAGAGAACUUAGAUAUGAUUGAAGGAGAUGAAUACGUGAGGAAGACUGUCGAAGUUGUGUUAACUGAAACCUCCGAGAAGAUGAAAGUGGAAACCUAUGUAUGGGCUAACAAGGAUGAUCCUGAUAUGUAUGGAGAAUGGGAUUUCGAGGAAUGGAAGCGGCUUCACAUGGAGAAAUUCAUAGAGGCAGCCAAGAAAUUUAUUGAAUGGAAGAAGAAUCCGGAUGGGAGAUCAAGGGAAGAGUUUGAGAAAUUUGUACAUGAAGAUCCUCUGGUGGCCUGAAGAAUUUAUGUGCUUUUGUUUUGUUACCCAUUAAGAUGUGUGUUGAAAUCACUCUCUUUAUCAAAUAUCUUUUACUGCAAGUAA